ACGCCCUCUUCCCUCUUCGCAGUUCUCUUCACAUUCCCCAUUCCUAUCUCUCCUCCCUUGCCUUUGAUUCUCUUCUUCCCCUCCUUGUUUCCUUCUCCCAUUCUUCCUUGCAGCUUCGCCUCCACUCUCCUCUGUCUCUUCUCUAUCUCAGUUUCUCCUCCUCUGCUUUCCCGAGCCUCUGCAAAUCUCUGUUCUGUACAUCUUAAGUCUCCCAUAAACCCCCCAUUUUGGCCCAAAGUUCCCUCUUUUCCUUACCAAGGUGCUUCUUCUCCUCAUUUGACUUUCUGGGUCAGUUUGCAAUCGCCGAAAAUGAAGUACGUUCUGGUCACCGGUGGAGUUGUCAGUGGGCUCGGGAAGGGUGUGACUGCUAGCAGUAUUGGCGUUCUCCUCAAGGCUUGUGGACUGCGGGUUACUUCCAUCAAAAUCGAUCCUUAUUUGAACACUGAUGCCGGAACAAUGUCCCCCUUCGAGCAUGGAGAAGUCUUUGUCUUAGAUGAUGGUGGUGAGGUGGACCUGGACCUUGGAAACUACGAGAGAUUCCUUGAUAUCAAAUUAACACGCGAUAACAAUAUAACGACGGGGAAGGUUUACCAGUCGGUGAUCGAAAAAGAGAGAAGAGGAGACUAUCUGGGCAAAACUGUUCAGGUUGUUCCUCACGUCACAGAUGCUAUUCAGGAGUGGAUCGAGCGAGUUGCAAUGAUUCCAGUAGAUGGGAAGGAUGGACCAGCUGAUGUUUGUGUCAUAGAAUUGGGUGGAACAAUAGGAGACAUUGAGUCCAUGCCAUUUAUUGAGGCUCUCGGACAAUUCUCAUAUCGUGUCGGCGCUGGAAACUUUUGUUUGAUCCAUGUCAGUCUUGUACCAGUUCUGAAUGUUGUCGGUGAACAGAAAACUAAACCAACGCAGCAUAGUGUCAGAGGACUAAGAGGCCUUGGGUUGACACCAAAUAUUUUAGCUUGUCGCAGCACAACGGCUCUCGAGGAGAAUGUAAAAGUGAAGCUGUCGCAGUUUUGCCAUGUUCUGGCUGAAAACAUUGUCACUCUCUAUGAUGUUUCGAACAUUUGGCACAUCCCGUUGCUCCUCAGAGAUCAGAGGGCUCAUGAAGCAAUCUUUAAAGUGCUCAACCUUCAAAGUGUGAAUAAGGAACCUGCUCUGAAAGAAUGGACUUCCCGUGCAGAAUUGUGUGACAAGCUGCAUAAGCCUGUCCGAAUUGCAAUGGUUGGGAAAUACACUGGCCAUUCAGAUUCUUACCUUUCUGUGUUGAAGGCUCUUUUGCAUGCAUCUGUUGCCUGGCGUAAAAAGCUUGUUGUGGAAUGGGUCCCAGCUUGUGACCUCGAAGACACAACAGCCCAAGAGAACCCGGAAGCUUACAAGGCUGCAUGGAAGCUGUUGAAGGGUGCAGAUGGAGUCCUUGUUCCCGGAGGUUUUGGUGACAGGGGAGUGCAAGGGAAAAUCGUUGCUGCCAAAUAUGCCCGAGAGAACAGAGUCCCUUAUCUUGGCAUUUGCUUGGGCAUGCAGAUUGCAGUCAUUGAGUUCGCCCGAUCAGUCCUUGGUUUACAGGAUGCGAAUAGCACCGAGUUUGACCUUAACGCUAAAAAUCCUUGUGUCAUAUUUAUGCCUGAGGGCUCGAAGACCCACAUGGGAGGCACGAUGCGCCUCGGUUCCAGGAGGACUUAUUUUCAAGUUUCAGAUUGUGUAUCUGCAAAAUUGUAUGGGAAUCGGAGCUACAUUGAUGAGAGACAUCGUCAUAGAUACGAGGUGAAUCCCGAGAUGGUCACACGCCUUGAAAGGGCAGGCCUUUCUUUUACUGGCAAGGAUGAAACUGGUCAGAGGAUGGAGAUCAUAGAGCUGCCCAGUCACCCAUACUUUGUUGGCGUUCAAUUUCACCCUGAAUUUAAAUCAAGGCCCGGGGAGCCUUCUGCUCUAUUCUUAGGGCUCAUAGCAGCUGCAUCUGGGGAGUUGGAUGCAGUCUUACAAGGCAGCAACACACGAAAAGUCUCACGAACCAAUCAUAUUAACGUCAAUGGAUCAAUCAAAUACUACCAGAAUGGGACUAUCCUUGAUGGAAACGGUGUACUGAAUCGCUUCUACACAAAUGGGAACGGUCUCCACUUGUGAGGGGUGGGACUCUUGGAAUGGAGAGUGUAGCAAACUGAUUCUUUUACUGGAAUCUAUCUGGACUGAUGUUGUCAUGAGAACCAUACACGGAAAAAGAAAGGGGCUUCGAGGUAUUUUUUGGCCGUUAAUUGGGGUUGGAUCUCAGUCUGUACAGAGUCGUGUAUGAGUUAGUUAUGUAACCGACUUUUGAGAGAAGUGGGAAAUGGUGGGGUUUCACAUUAUAGGAAGAGGAAGAGGAAAGGAAGCUCGGGCCCGGGUUUUUAGACGGGACUGCCUGUUGGUGUUUCGAGAGUUGGGAUCUUUCUUUUGGGGGUAACAGGUUCUGCUGCUCUUAUUUAUGUUUGUGGGACUGACAUGUUAUGGAACAUUUCACUGAGAAUGCUUUUCAGAUAAUAGUUUUGGAGAUUCCCUGAGUUUUGUGAUA